AUGUCCAGCCCAGACGAGACGCCAAUCAUCGAGGAGCAACGCCGUCUCUCACAAAAUGGGGUCCUGAACGCUAGGUUCAUUCACCUCCAGACAGCGCAACACGUGCCGUCGGAACCGUCACCGCUGCAACAAACACUGCAGCUUCUACAACAGCAAUUGGCUCAACAGCAGCAGUUACUAUCUCAGCUCGUGCAACAGCAACAGCAGCAGCCACCGACCCAUGAUCAACAACAAGUGGCAAAACCGAGCAAUCCAGAAUUAAUACUGGAAGCCCUUGCAGGCAACAUAAGCGAGUUCCGGUAUGAUCCAGAAGCAGGAGUAACGUUCGAAUCGUGGUACACACGGUACGAAGACCUGUUCAAGGAGGAUGCUUCCCGUUUGGAUGACACGGCCAAGGUUCGGCUCCUGGGACGAAAGCUCGGAACCGCCGAACACGCCCGUUUUAGCAAUUUCAUUUUGCCGCGUGCACCGCGUGACCUGUGCUUCAACGAAAUGGUGGAAAAGCUUACCGUCCUGUUCGGCAAAAUGGAGUCAGUGCUCAGCAAGCGGUUCAAGUGCUUCAAUAUUACAAAAACGCGCACCGAGGAUCUGUUGGCAUUUGCUUGCCGAGUAAAUAAAGCGUGCGUCGAUGCGGAAUUUUCUUCGAUGACGGAGGAAGAUUUCAAGUGUCUCAUUCUCGUAUGUGGAUUAAAGGAUGAAAGCGUGCAGGACAUACGAAUGAAAUUGCUAGCCGCCAUCGAGGACAGAAAGAACGCCACGCUGGAGCAGCUUGCAGCGGAUUGCCAACGAUUAACUCGUGUGAAGGCGGAUAGCGCAUUGAUCGCCACGGACGGCAGUGAGCGUGUGCAUGCAGUGCAGGCAAGAAAAAACCACCAGUGGCACCGGAACAGCAACAACGAGCGUCACCCCAAACCAGCCCCCCGAAGUGAAGCCUCUAAGCCUAGCAACCCAUGCUGGCUUUGUGGAGCGCUUCAUUGGAACGGUGACUGCACUUAUCGAACCAACAAGUGUCGAGAUUGUGGACGUAUGGGUCACCGAGAGGGUUUCUGCAAUUCGCCUCACCGACGCAGAGGACGAUCGCGGUUCGGUCAUCGUCGUGCAGUAGCAUCCCGGGUAGUGCGAGUAAACGUGUGCAGCGUAAAACAGAAGCGGAAAUUCGUCAGCAUCUUCAUCGGAGGAAAGCCGGCUCGACUACAACUGGACACAGGGUCAGACAUCACUGUCAUCAGCCAACAUUUAUGGAAGCAGUUGGGUAAGCCUCACCUCAGUCCACCCAAGGUAAGAGUGAAAGCAGCUAGUGGUGAAGUUUUCGGUCUUGAAGGUGAGUUCAACGCCAACGUGACUCUCAAUAACGUAAUCAAGCGAGCCACAAUCCGCGUAUCCAAGGCGGAUCUGUCGUUAUUCGGGGCGGAUUUAAUUCAUCUUUUCGGCUUGGGAACUGUACCGAUGGACAACUACUGCAACCACAUAGGAACAGCGGAACCACAGUCAUGGGAGGACAAAUUUCCAACGGUUUUUAGCGGAACGGGCCUGUGCACCAAGGCACAAAUUCAUUUACAGCUGCGACAGGAUAGCAGACCUGUUUUUCGACCGAAACGUCCGGUCGCAUACGCGAUGGAAGAUGCUGUCAACAAGGAACUAGAACGACUUGAGAGCCUGGGGAUCAUCACCCCAUGUGACUAUUCGGAUUGGGCAGCACCAGUCGUUGUCGUUCGGGAAGCGAACGGGAAAAUAAGGCUAUGUGGAGACUACAGCACCGGACUGAAUGCAGCACUACACCCACAAGAGUACCCACUCCCAUUACCACAAGACAUUUUUUCCAAGUUAGCCCGUUGCGUAACAUUUACUCAGAUUGACCUAUCUGAUGCAUUCUUGCAGGUGUAA